AUGUACGGAGCUUUGGUGAACGAUCGCUGGUAUCGUGCGGAAAUAAAAAAUAAGUUUAAAAGUUCAAUGGAUAUAAUGUUGGUGGAUAUGGGAAGUACUGUGAUAAAUGUAGAAAAUGUAUAUGAGCUUCCUAAACACUUAGAAAAUAUUAAAUACUUGACUUUACGCUGUUCCCUUGGAUUGGAUCAGAAAUAUUUCAGUUUAUAUAAACUGAAAGAAAUAUGUAAUAGUAAAACAGAAUUUAUGAUGAUAUUAUUCGAAAACAACAACGUUGAUGGACAUCUUAUACGCUUAUUUUUGAAUGAUGAAGAUGUUACUACAAUCAUAAAGAAAGAUUGA